AAUCCAUCUCCCAUGGGAAGCAAGAAUUGCUGGUCCAGUGCAAUACCGUUGGAUGUAUCCGAUUGAAAGGUUUCUGAAAAAGCUAAAAGGCUAUGUUGGCAAUAAGGCACGUCCAGAAGGUUCUAUAGCUGAGACUUAUCUGAUCGAUGAAUGCCUCACAUUUUGCUCACGUUAUUUGACUGGAGUGGAUACUGUAUUUAAUCGGCCAGAGAGGAAUGACGAUCAUGUCAAUCCUUCUUCUUCGAAGUAUCACAAACUAUCGGUUGUUUCACAUGUGGGCCAUCAUCUAGGAGGAAACCCAAAUAUGGAA